AUGGCAGACGUGCUUCCGGCAUUGGAGGUGGCUUUUGUCGAUCACUUUUGGGAGUGGAACGGUGGCAAGGGCCUUCCCGCGAACCCCAGGUGGUGUCCACUCUCGGAAAACCAGCAAAGGCUGAUUCGUGAAGAGAGCCCUUCAUUGACUCUUCUCCAGGACAAUCGAACAUUUCGUAAGGUAGCGCAGUAUGACUCGGAGGUCAUGCUUUUCCAGGCCGACGGCAUGGACAUUGGUGUUGAGUCUUAUGUGCGGGCUUUGGUCCGUCCAGUCGGGCCGGACAUGCUACUCAGCGUUCACGCCGACCACAUGCCAACGGAUGGGUUGUUGAAGUUCCAAUGUCGCUCCUGCAUAUCGUCGCGGGCACUCCUUCACCUCCAUGUGAUUGACGCGGAAAGCCUCUCCAUCAGCGUCCUGGAGCUGAAGAUCAAGCGGCUUUGUGUUGAUCAGAACUUCAUCAGUCCACAGCAACAGCUACGCUUGGUGAGCUCGGCCAGCGGUGAGCUGAUGAGCUCUUUUGGGAGGUUCUUUGUUUGGGGACCAAAGGUGGCUGCCGGCCUCAGGCCGCGCAAGCGCCUGGUCAAGAAAACCACGGUUUCCAAAGUCUCCCUUCGAAAAUUCUUUUUGCCAUGCAGUUCUUGA